UGUGAUCAUCUUUCUAGUUGUAUUGCUACAUUAAUGACAUCAAUCAACACUUGCGACAACGUACGUUACCUUUUCUAACUGAUUUAAAAACGCACACAAAAGAAACGGCUUAAGGGAGUUGCAAAAUAAAGGCUUUUUACCACGAAGGUUACAGCUGUCUAAUGACAUAACUUGGUUAAUUUUACACGCUAUUUGACCCACAGUGACCUCCGGGCUUGACUUGCAUGCUAUCGCAGCAUUACGCCAGAAACCGAUCUGUGUGAUCUGUCGACUGUAAAUAAAAACUCGCCUCGACACCAGGCUGAGGGCUGCUGUUGUUUCCAUGUUACCGCUUGAUUGAACCAAUUGAAAAACCUUGGAAAAGCACUGUUUUGCGCAGCCUCUUCCCUGAAUUGUCCUUUGGAAGUUUCAUUGUUCUAACUGGAAUGGAAUAUUAGUUUGUGUAAAACAAAAACGAACCCCUGACAUGAACCCAAAAUGGUGGUAGUCCAUGCCAUACUUGAUCUGAUCCAAUGUCUGCACAGAUAAACUGGUUAAGACGGGCCUUGCUCUUGUUCUAACUGACGAAUGGAAUGUUCAGCUGCUAUGACAACGUUCAGAAGUUAGUACCAUAACCAACUUCAAUCACUGCGACUGAUUCCUUAUAAAAUCUCAUAUUUCAACAACUGCAGCAAAACUACCCCACUACUUAAAAUGAAUAUAUUUCACCAUUGUUGCUGUGGGGGCUAGCUGGAGCAAGGGAAUAGAUAGCAUUUUCCACAAUUGACUCUCUUAAGCUAAUGCUGUACGGGCGAAACACAAUUCCUUGCUUGAAAAAUUGUCUAACUCUAAGCAGGACAGCGAUUGGGCAUCUUCGCUUAAGUCUUGGGAAAUGACUGCAGCAAAACGGCGGACGCCUUGACGUAUGACCCGACUCGAUGGUGAGGCAUCUCGUAAUUAUGUCUAUGGGUUGACUUGGUCCCCCGAUAGCCUUCAUAUUGGAUGCGGCAGAGCUCACCCGAAAACUAAAGCACGUCAAAACAUGUGGAUGUCAGGACAUUAUGUGCAAAGCGCCUCCUCUGUUUGGAGAGGGCCUUCCUCGUUGGAAACAGAUGGCUGCUUUCGCUCCUCUUUCGAACCAGCAAUCCACCAUAUCCAUAAUUGGGGAUAAAUCGUCGUCAAAGGAAUGCCCCUUCUUUUUCAGAUGCGAAAGAACUGCUGACUUUGGGCUCAAAGAAACUGCUGUUCUACUCUAUGUUGUGCCCUAUGUUGAUGUUGGGGCUGCUUGCUAUCUCCGAUGUACUGUAGAGGUCAUUGCCAUCCUCACUACACUACACUACACUGCACUGCACUGAAUGGGUUGCUUUAAAAAAAAAAAAAAGGAACAAGCUCGUUUUAACAAAAGUAAGGAGUAGAAAGUAUAGAAAUCUGGAAUUGUUACUACUGAUCUGACCUGUGAUACUGGCCCUUAUUUGACUCACUUCCGUAUAUUACGAUCAAAAGUGGACAGUAAAAAAGAAAAGAAAAGAAAAGAAACAGCCAAUAUAGACUCGUUCCGCCAGUUCCACACAAUUGGAUUAUGCUAAACACUAAUGAUAUAAAGUAAUAAGUCAGUUCAACAAGAUAGUAAUUAACAGAGUGGACCAAAUUGACAAGAACAUAUUUACAAGCCCAAUUCCAAUGAAGUUGGGACAUUGUGUUAAACAUAAAUAAAAACAGAAUACAAUGAUUUGCAAAUCAUUACGUACACUACAAAGGCAAGAUAUUUCAUGUUGGAUACGGAUUAACUUGAUUGUUUUGAGCAAAUAAUCAUGCACUUAGAAUUUGAUGGCUGCAACACGUUCCAAAAAAAGAUGGGACAGGUGGGUGGCAAAAAAGACAAAGUGAGAAAGUUGAGGAAUGCUCAUCAAACACGUGUUUGGAACAUCCCACAGGCGAACAGGCUCAUUGGGAACAGGUGGGUGCCGUGAUUGGCUAGAAAAGGAGCUUCCCGGAAUUGCUCAGUCGUUCACGAGCAAAGAUGGGGCGAGGUUCACCUCUUUGUGAACGAGUGCGUGAGAAAAUAGUCCAACAGUUUAAGGACAAUGUUCCUCAACGAACAAUUGCAAGGAAUUGAGGGAUUUCAUCAUCUGCGGUCCAUAAUGUCGUCAAAAGGUUCAGAGAAUCUGGAGAAAUCGCUGCAUGUAAGCGGCAAGGCCAAAAACCAACAUUGAAUGCCCGUGACCUUCGAUCCAUCAGGCGGCACCGCAUCAAAAACCGACAUCAAUGUGUAAAGGACAUCACCGCAUGGGCUCAGGAACAUCCCAGAAAACCAAUGUCAGUAAAUACAGUUCGGCGCUACAUCUGUUAAGUGCAACUUGAAACUCUACUAUGAAAAGCAAAAGCCCUUUAUCAACAACACCCAGAAACGCCGCCGGCUUCUCUGGGCCCGCCGAGCUCGUCUGAGAUGCACCGACGCAAAGUGGAAACGUGUUGUGUGGUCCGACAACGGAGACUGUUGAGCAGCUGAAGCUGUACAUCGAGCAAGAAUGGGAAAGAAUUCCACCUCCAAAGCGUCAACAAUUCGUGUCGUCAGUUCCCGAACGUUUAUUGAAUGUUGUUCAAAGAAAAGGUGAUGUCACAAACACAGCGGUAAACGUGAGCCUGUGCCAGCUUGUUUGGAACGUGUUGCAGCCGUCAAAUUCUAAGUUCAUGAUUAUUUGCUCAAAACAAUCAAGUUUUAUCAGUUUGAAGAUGAAAUAUCUUGUCUUUGUAGUGUAUUCAAUUGAACAUAGGUGGAACAUGAUUUGCCAAUCAUUGUAUUCUCUUUUGAUUUCUGUUUAACACAACGUCCCAACUUGAUUGGAAUUGGGACGUUGUAUAUACUGUCGUUUUUUUGUUUGUUUGAUUUUUAGCAUGGAUGGGUCCCAAAGGGUACUGACUGUUGAAAGGCCCAAGGAGGCUGUGAAAAUUGGAGUAUUUUGCCCAAGUUAAUUACAAAUUACUACAUUAAAUAAGUAAGUUAUGAUUAUGGAUCUUUAUCACAAGUCAACGUGAUACCUUGUAAGAGAUAAAAGGCAACUGAAUUCAAAACUGUGCACAUAAUUUGGAGCUGCAGGAUAUUAAAAUGGAAAAGAAUAUCUAAUCAAGUUUCCUGCUGAUUAACCAGUUUUGUGCGAAGUGUGUAAAUAUGUUUUCCGUUUGCGCAUGACGUAAUUCCCAUUUCCAGUCUAUCGGCGAAUAAUGUCUGUUAAGAACUUUGCUGACUUUUAAUUACAUGGAUUGUUACAUUUGAAACAUACAAAGUUUGCAGCCCUUGAAAUGGGUGAAACUUAUAAUUGCUUUCUUUUUUAUUUUAACAGAAUUGAUGAACUCUCUGGCAGCAUGUGGUUUGCUCCACAGUUCUGAGGUUUGGGGUUGAAAUGUCAGCUCUGAUCUUCCUGUGUGGGGUUUGCAGGUUAUAACCUUGCUUGCUUAGGUUUUCUCAGACUACAUACAAAAACCUGCCUUUUCCAAGCAAGUUUGGGGUCAAUUCUGACAUGGGCUAAGAAUAUCUUAAUAAUUAUCUGAAUAUAAUCGACAGUAUAUCAAGUACAGAUUUUUUUAAAUGUGUUAAUAGCCUGCCUGACAUUGAUCAUUGGAUUAUGAACCCUUAAUCAAUGUUUCAGAGAAUGCAGCACUAUGGGGGGCACAAGCCAGUGCAAACUGUAGGCCGGUUUGCACUGGUUAUUUUAAAAGAAGAGUUGGCUAAGAAUGUCUUGGAAGUGAAAAGAGUAUCAGAUCGAGAGAUGAGGCCGAAACUUGAAAUUGUGUGAUUAGUGGCUAUGCCCCACAGGUCGGAUGCGACCUAGAGGUGAAAGAGAAAUUCUGGAAGGAGCUAGACGAAGUAAUUCUGAGCAUCCCAGACAGAGAGAGAGUUGCGAUUGGUGCAGAUUGUAAUGGACAUGUUGGUGAAGGAAAUACGGGUGAUGAAGAAGUGAUGGGUAAGUACGGCAUCCAGGAAAGGAACUUGGAGGGACAGAUGGUGGUAGACUUUGCAACAAGGAUGCAAAUGGCUGUAGUGAACACUUUUUUCCAGAAGAGGCACGAACAUAGGGUGACCUACAAGAGCGGAGGUAGAAGCACGCAGGUGGAUUACAUCUUGUGCAGACGAUGUCAUCUGAAGGAGGUUACCGACUGUAAGGUUGUGGUAGGGGAGAGUGUGGCUAGACAGCAUAGGAUGGUGGUGUGUAAGAUGACUCUGGUGGUGGGGAGGAAGAUUAGGAAGACAAAGGCAGAGCAGAGAACCAUGUGGUGGAAGCUGAGACAGAACGAGUUUUUGUGCAGCUUUUCGGGAAGAGGUGAGACAGGCUCUCGGUGGAUAGGAGGAGCUUCAAGAAGACUGGACCACUCCAGGCAAGUUGAUCAGAGAGGGAGGCAUGAGAGUACUUGGUGUAUCUUCUGGCAGGAAAGGAGAACCAUAACCCUAACCUCACAGUACAGGAAAUCAUACAAGGAAAACGGUUAGCUAAGAAGAAGUGGGACACCGAGAGGACCGAGGAGAGGCGAAAGGAAAACAUUGAGAUGCGACACAGGGCAAAGGUAGAGGCCAAACAAUAGGCAUAUGAUGACAUGUAUGGCAGGUUGGACACUAAAGAAGGAGAAAAGGAUCUAUACAGGCUGGCCAGACAGAGGGAUAGAGAUGGGAAGGAUGUGCAGCAGGUUAGGGUGAUUAAGGAUAGAGAUGGAAAUAUGUUGACUGGUGCCAGCAGUGUGCUAGGUAGAUGGAAAGAAUACUUCGAGGAGUUGAUGAAUGAGGAAAAUGAGAGAGAAGGGAGAGUAGGAGAGGCAAGUGUGGUGGACCAGGAAGUGGCAAUGAUUAGUAAGGGGGAAGUUAGAAAGGCAUUCAAGACGAUGAAAAAUGGAAAGGGCAGUCGGUCCUGAUGACAUUCCUGUGGAGGUAUGGAAGCAUCUAGGAGAGGUGGCUGUGGAGUUUUUGACCAGCUUGUUCAAUAGAUUCUAGCGCGUGAGAAGAUGCCUGAGGAAUGGACGAAAAGUGUCCUGGUGCCCAUUUUUAAGAACAAAGGUGAUGUGCAGAGCUGUGGCAACUAGAGAGGAAUAAAGUUGAUGAGCCACACAAUGAAUGAGGCUACAGGGAGAAGAGAUGGCAAGGGUAGAGGACUUGAAAUACUUGGGGUCAACCGUCCAGAGCAAUGGUGAGUGUGGUCAGGAAGUGAAGAAGCAGGUUGGAACGGGUGGAGGAAGGUGUCAGGUGUGUUAUGUGACAGAAGAGUCUCUGCUAGGAUGAAGGGCAAAGUUUAUAAAAAAGUGGUGAGGCCAGCCAUGAUGGACGGAUUAGAGACAGUGGCACUGAAGAGACGACAGGAAGCAGAGCUGGAGGUGGCGGACAUGAAGAUGUUGAGGUUCGCUCUCGGAGUGACCGGGUUGGAUCCAAUUAGAAAUGAGCUCAUCGGAGGGACAGCCGAGGUUCGAUGUUUUGGAGACAAAGUUGGAGAGAGCGGAUUUGGAUGGGUUGGACACGUCCACAGGAGAAAUAGUGAGUAUAUUGGUCGAAGGAUGUACAACUCUGUUUUACUCGUUCACCGUUUCGAGAUUUCGACAGGUACAUGAUUCUGUGGGAACCGAAGUAAAUGUGGUAGGUCGGAAGUUAAACAGUUCCCCGGACUGUUACGAAGUCCCCCAUGAACACCGUCCUUACUGUCCCAUACAAAUACACAUAUACAGUACAUGACGAGGACUCUUUUACAGUUUCCAGAUUCCCCCAUUACCCUUCAAAAAUCAACACGUGCAUGUUUCUGCAGGAAAAACACGAUCUUACUUCAACCACUGUCCCGUGGAAAAAAAUGCACAUCUUUACAGCAUGUACAGUUUCCCACUUUCAAGAUUCCCAAUUCCCAUUUAAUGCACACUGGCAAAUCUAAAAUCCAUUUGAGCAGAUAUGGGUCAAAUUUGACCCAGAACAGCCACACUGUAUACAAAGUCAAUCGCUCGUGUACAAGAAAAAUGACAUUUUGAAAUGUUGUAAAUUUUGCGUAUUUUGGGUCACUUAAGAAAAGCGUACUGAAAUUUCAGGGUAAAAGAAUGACAUUUACAGUACUCUCUUCAAAAUUGCUGUCAGAAGCUAAAAACGGGCUCCGAUUUGACCCAAAUUAUAUUUUAUAUAAAAUAUGGAUUGAUUUUCAAAUCAUCGCUGUAGCCAAACCGUUGUUCUAAUAAUAAUACGAAUAAUUCGAAUAAUAAUUAAGUAAAUAAAUAAAUGAAUCAUUUUGAUGUCUUUAUGGCAAGAGGAAAAAAAUGUGUUUUCUCCAUUCCUGCGGCUGAGUGCAGUGCAACACAAACGGAGCCACAUGCAGUCGACGCCUUUUUAUUCGAAUGAAUAGCUCGUCCGCAGGGGCUGCCUAUUCACCACGUGUAAUGUGACAACAAUAAAUACUUGCAAAUAAAUGAUGCCGACCACAAUCAAUUGCUCAAGGUAAAAAUGUUCCACAGAAGCAGCUCUGUUUGGACAGCUGAGACAUUGGGCCGAGGCCCCCCCGACCCCGACCCCGACCCCGACCCCGACCCCGACCAUGGGAAGUUGGACAAUAAGCCGCCUUUCAAGAAAUGUACGUUAUUUCCGCAAGGUUUCUUUCAUCCGCCUCUCUUAGUAGAAAAAUGAAACGCCUUCCUCUCGGUUCAUGUCAACAGAUCUAAUGGAUGUUAUGAAAUAUGCAGGCAUUGUGAAACUAAAAACUAAAAACAAUAGUGUAUAGCAGUGAAAGGGUGGGGAGUCGCCAGGGAGACUCUCGUGCUCGAGGUGAAAACAAAUGUAUUUCAACAUUUUUAACUUUCGGUUCAUCGCCAACUAAGGUCACGUUUGUUGUUUUCCCUUUCAAAAAUAAAAAUCAAUAUAAAUAUAGAUUCGAGACUAAACUGGAGCUGCCGCGUACUUAGAAACAUUACAGUGAUUUGUAUCGAGUUUGCUGUAUGAACUCCGCGAAAGGAUCGAAACCUUUCAUCAAGUCACAUUGGACGAAAACCAAGCCCCACUCCAGAUAGCGAAAAAGCGAGUAACUGACGCUCCUCCUUUAUACAAAAAAAAAGGUUUGUAAUCGUCUCUAUUCAUAGUUGAAACCAUAAAUACACCACAAAACUCAUCCCAAAACAGUUGAUCAUUUUAAACUCAUUUUCCAGCUUAAAGAUUGAAUACUUACGAAAAGAGUCAAACUGAACAUUUGAGUGUUAAUAUUUGAGAGGAAAUCGAUCUUAGACGUUUGAGUUGAUCUCAUGAAAAAUGGCUGUAAAAACAAAGGUUUUGCUUGUACAUAUAUCAAGACGUUUGGAGGGCUCCAUUUCAAAAACAAGUUCCCAGUCUCAAGCUGGGCUCCCCCCCCCCCCCACACCUUCCUGCCCCCUUACUUGUAUUUAUUGUACAAGCACACGUGAUGAGAUCAGAAGCCUUUCAGCGGGACCCCUCUGAGGGUUAGCCAGUCGCACUCACACCCGACAACGCACUUCAAUACACUCUAGGAGGCUCGAAUCUGUCGAUGGUCUUCCGUUCAGCCGUUCCAUCCGACAUGCCGGCCAAAGCAGCGAGCAAUCUGGGCUACGUUCCGCCGGACGGAGGCUGGGGUUGGGCCGUGGUCUUCGCCUCCUUCAUCUCCAUAGGAUUCGCCUACGCCUUUCCCAAGUCGCUCACCAUCUACUACAAGGAGAUCCAGGAAUAUUUCUCCAUUUCCUACAGCCAGAUUGCCUGGGUGUCCUCUGCCAUGCUUGCCUCUAUGUAUGCAGCAGGGCCUGUGAGUAGCAUUCUUGUGAAUCGCUAUGGCAGCAGACCUGUGGUCAUAGUUGGCGGGCUCAUGGUUUCCUCUGCCAUGGUGCUCGCCUCUUUUGGAACAACUAUUGUCCAUCUGUAUCUCUGCGUUGGAGUAAUUGGAGGUUUCGGCCUAGCCUUCAAUCUGCAGCCUGCCCUGACCAUCAUCGGCACCUACUUCCACGUGAAGAGGCCGCUGGCAAACGGGCUGGCGAUGACAGGAAGUCCAGUGGUUCUCUUCACUCUUGCUCCGCUCAAUCAGUUUCUCUUUGAUUCUUUCGGCUGGAGAGGAAGCUUCCUGAUCCUCGGAGGCCUCGUUUUGAACUGCUGUGUUGCUGGUUCUCUGAUGAGGCCCGCCGACAAAAAAGUCCAAACUCAACUCAAAAGUGAGCCACGCGAGAGUAAUGGAGCAGACGAGCCCCCCGCAGAUAACCAAGCUGUAGAAAUCCAAAAUGAGAGUACUAAAAAGGACUGCGUGCAUAGGUUUAUAGAUGUUUCGCUCUUCAAACACAGGGGAUUCCUCAUUUACCUCAUCGGCAACGUGGUCAUGUUAUUUGGUUUUUUUGGACCUGUAGUUUUUCUAGCCCCCUACGCCAAACAUCUGGGGGUUGAUGAAUAUUCAGCAGCGUUCUUGCUGUCCAUCUUUGCUCUCGUGGACAUGUUUGUUAGACCAACAAUCGGCUUCAUCGGCAAUACAAAGUGGAUCCGGCCCAAAAUCCAGUAUUUAUUCAGUUUUGCCGUUUCCUCCAAUGGAGUGUGCCACCUUUUGUGCCCUCUGGCCUCUGGAUACGUUGGCCUUGUCGUUUAUGCCGUGUUUUUCGGGAUGUCGUUCGGGAUGGUGUGUUCUUUGCUUUUCGAAGUGUUGAUGGACCUCGUGGGAGCGCAUCGCUUCUCCACCGCAGUCGGACUUGUCACCAUUAUCGAGUGCGGCCCGGUGCUUCUCGGUCCUCCGCUUUCAGGAGCGCUGGUAGAUAUUUUUGGAGACUACAAGUACAUGUACUACGCGUGUGGUGUGUUGAUGCUGGUGCCAGGCCUAUUUUUCUUCAUCAUGCAUUACUACAACUACAAGAGGCUGGAUGAGGAGCAGAGGCAGCGCCCGUCUGCAGAGAUGAAGACGUGUGCGGAGGCUGUGCGGCUGAAGAUGAAUCAGGAUGAAGCACAGGAAUGACUUUGUUGGGUAUGAUGUGUGAGUGUAGUUGAUAUUUACGGAAAUAAAGCAAUAAAUACAUAAAUAAAUAAAACACUUUCUACCUCAGAUUAAACCCAUAGAUUUUCAGUAUGUGUGGCCUUUUGGUUUCUUUAGAGGUUGAAGGGUUAGGAUAACACACGAUGCCAGUAUGUAUGUACAGUAUAUAUAUAUAUAUAUA